AGCUCAAGAGGCUCAUGAAGAAACAGAUGAGGGCUUUAAGUCUGUAUCCGUUGAAGCGCAAUCAAGAGUUUAUAUGCCAUCAGUCAUCUGGAGACAACUGAAGGAAGAGAGGGACUGGCAAGAGGAGCCAACAGACAGACUAAGGGAUCCUGUGCAGAACAGAAGUGCCCCUGCAGAAAAAAAAACACUCAACGAGUCUUCUGCCUUUGCAAGGAGGCAAAGCGCUGCCAAGGACCUUCUGGAAUCAGAACGUAAAUAUGUCCUGAACUUAUCUCAUAUUCUGAAGAUCAGGGCCACUUUACAAGGGUCUGAAGUCAAGAGGAGUACUAAAGAGAGAAGUUUCUUUCCCAGUUCCUUGCGAUAUUUGAUACAGCAUCAUCUGGACCUGCUCCAUGUACUACAAGAAAGAGUGGUCAAAUGGUCCCGACAGGAAUCCUGGGAGAUGUAUUUCUGAAGUUAACCAAUGAUGAG